UUUGAAUCAUCACCAACUAUCCUGCUCCGAAAAAGAUGAAAAAAACUCAUCUGGAUCAUCGUGUGUACUCUGUACAACAAACAUGCAAUCUCGUAAAAUCGCAGCACUUUUUUAUAUAUUGGCGCUGAACAAGGCUACGGGAACGCAUCGAGUUGAGAGAAGUCGCACCGGUACUACAGACACCGCCCGAGAGAAGCUGAAGCGUGAUUUUGAGCAAAAAUGGCCGAGGACGUGCAUGUUGCAUCCCGCUGGUCUCCUCUUCCUGAACACCGUGCCGCAGGCGAGCCGCGCUGAUCACUUUGUUGACUUUGGCAACCUCAGACAGCUCCUCAAGCUCUUUCCGCUUUCGACGUUUUCUUCUUUGUUCCAUCUUGGUGCUGCUGGUCCGGCUCUUCUGAACGUCGUGAACACUUCGGAAAUUCAUCCAAGAGCCACGUCGACGGCGCCCUGGUAAAAGAUACUUCCAGCUGAAGCUACGAAAGUCGAGAAGCCAUGCCUGGUUUCACCACGGUCGUGACGGGUCAACACGAGCAAGAGUCUCACGGUGUCCACACGACCGCUUCGCCGACGAAGUCUUCAAAUGCGUCACCGGUGAACAAGCGCACCAGCGGUGGUGGAGCGAAUAUCGGCAACUUGCUACUCCACCCGCCGGCGAAGGAUAACAAGGACCAACACCACCAGCACCGGAACUCCGAAUUUCACAAUAAUCUAGGCGGUGGCAAUAUUGCCUCCUCCCCGACCAAGUCCUCCUGGGCGGUCUCAAACAUUCUCCCACGAUGGCUGUACUCACCGCGACGAAAAAGCGAGAGCAACUCUCAAGUACACAGCUUGGAGCAGCUGCGAAGCGCGAUUCAGGCGAAAAACUCCAAUUUUUCACUCGACUCCUUCGACCUGCGGGAAACCGUCGGCACGGGAACGUUUGGCCGGGUGCGGGUGGUCAAGCUGAAAAACUCAAAGUUUCGUGCGCCGUUCGCGCUGAAGAUCAUGAAGAAGUCGGAAGUGAUAAACUUACGCCAAGUGGAACACAUCCGGUCGGAGAAAGAGAUUCUGCAGACUUUGCAGCACCCAUUCAUCGUCAACAUGUUCGCCACUUUCCAGGACGUAAAGCGCUUAUUCCUGAUCUUGGAGUUUGUCAACGGUGGGGAAUUGUUUGCCCUGCUGCGGAAAGCAGGCAGGCUGCCGCCGGACCAUGUGAAGUUUUACGUCGGCGAAAUCGCGCUUGCGUUUAAGUACUUAUUUUGCUACGAUCGCCAAAACAUAAUUAUUCUGAAGAAGACAACAAAUGUCUUAAUUCCACCUUGCAGCAGCAUGUGAAUGACAAUGUCAAUGGCUGCUUGUUGUUUUUCCGGUACAAAUACUAGCUUUAAAACUUACCUACCGGCUAUUGCAACUACACCAGCUACAUGCACAGUGUGAUGGUAAUCUACCGGGACCUAAAGCCGGAGAACCUGCUUCUCGACUGCCAGGGGCACAUCAAGAUCACCGACUUCGGGUUUGCAAAACACGUCGAGGACCUCACGUGGACCCUCUGCGGCACACCGGAGUACCUUGCCCCCGAAGUUAUUCAGUCCAAAGGCCACGGGCGAGCGGUGGACUGGUGGGCACUCGGCGUUCUGCUCUUCGAGUUGCUCGCAGGGUAACAAGGACGAGCUGGAGUUUUUUGUCUAUGCUGCUUGUUUGGACAUUCAUAUCAGUCAUGUUCAUUAUACAAACGCUUGCUCAUUCGAUUGCUUUUCUUUGUGCGACUGGGGCAGGUGAUCUGGGUGUUACUUAAUCCACCUACCACUGCGUCAAAAAAUGGAAGUAUCGUCAAACUGAGGUACCCGCCCUUUUACGACGACAACCCCAUGGGGAUUUACCAGAAAGUGGUCGCCGGAAAGUUUUCCACGCCGAAGCACAUUGACGUCAAAGCCCGAGAUCUCAUCAAGCGCUUCCUGACGACAGAAAGGACAAAGCGGAUAGGGUACCACGGCUUUUAUUUGCUUUGUAGAUCACAAGAAUUGAAGUAAUAGAACUAGAAGACCCAAAGCGCUUCGACGCUUCUAGAUCUGUGUCUUGCAGCAGGUGCUUGGUCUUUGAUAGUAGUUCUUUGCGAUAGCAAGAUCUUGGCCAAUCGACCCCUUCCCCUAAUGGAUUCUUUUUCUUCAGAUGCCUCGCCGGCGGCUUUUCCGACAUUCGGGAACACAAGUGGUUUCAGAAGAGCUGGAGCUGGGAAGCGCUAGCUAUGAAAGCCUCAGAAUGGAAAUCCUCAAAGUGGAAAUAAUUUGUGAUGCAUGAAAUGCAAGGCAAAAGAGACUGCACUGCAGAGGACACAAUGGAGAGCGACUCUUGUCCUGCUAGGGGUUCAGAAUUGGGCUGCUGAUUAGCACGAGAGAAGGGCACCCCUUUGCCUAGCUAGCAUGACAGACAUCCUUUGAGUGCCCAGGAAAUUUGUCAUGCGCCGACUAGAAAUGGCGCUUCGACUGGAGUCGUUUUUUUGCAUUACAAAUUAUUUCCACUUUGAGGAUUUUCAACCUGAGGCUUUCAUACUAGCGGCGAAGCAGGUGCCGCCGCCGUUCACGCCCGCGAUCAUAUGCAUUGCAAAAGUAUCGUACUCGUACUGAUUGCAGUUAUGCAUUACAAAUCUAGUUGCUAAGGUAAAUCAGCAUUACAAAUUUAAUUUGUAGUGCUGAGCCAAUUUGUAUUGCCAUUUAUACUAGUACGAUACUUUUGCACAGCAUAGAUCAAAUCUAACGACGAUACCAGCAUGUUUCAGAGCUACCCCGAGUCAACAGAGUCGUCGUGUCCGAAAAUAGACAAGAACGAUCAAAAGCUUUUCGAGGGGUUUUGAGUUUUUGCAAAAUGUUAAUAUCAUGACGACAUGUACAAUCGUAAGUCGACGUAGUCGUAGCCCUAGCCGUAGGCUCUUCGAAUGUCAAGUAUGUGGAGAUGGAAAAUCUUCGCAUUGACCACUAUCACGUAAUUCUAAUCCUAUUGACAAAGAACAUAGAUUUGGGCCAUCAAGAACGAAGGCGUCGAGAUGCACAUAUUAAAGUGUCAGAGAUUCCGUCCACUUCUAUUUCGUUUCGAGAAUAUACCAUUGCAAGCUCCAAUUCGUUCCACCAGUGAGGAAACCGCGUAUGUGUAUGUCGUCGUAAAAAUCGUAUACGUAUUUGAAUAACGUAAAAAACGUCGGGCUUAAUGAUACAUAGUCUCACACCUGUCGCGAGGCUGUAGUCAGCUUCAUCCGAUACCUGUGACGAAAUGCCAGAGCUCACUGCUCACGCAGUUGUCGAAUUUCAACUUUUUUUCUUUGACCACGGACCCGUCCGGCACCGUAGCGGAUGGGGAUGCGCAGUGGUGCCUUGUGUGUAGACACGAAGUGAGUGUCAGUGUUCAGCGUUCGCAUGCGAUCGAGUUAGAGAGGAACGGAGAGUUAGUCUUACGCUUACCACUUAGGACGGAAAGGAAAGGAACGUGAACAGCAAAACCAAAAGAUAGUCGCAAUUUCGAAGUCGACUGAUGAGCGCAAAGCCAAAGACGCCAAAAAACCUGACAACAAAAAGGCUGAGUUGACUUCAGGAGCGGAAAGAUGCCGACAAAAAAA